UCGAAUUUGUGUGGCGUUGACAGCAACCGGGCUUACUGCAGAUCUUUGCGCAAAUCCGGCCCGCGUCCAUCUUUUUCUACCCUUCUUUGCCAGACAAUCAUCGUUAUUCGUCAGCCUCCGAAUCUCGGCGACAGCCCGUAAGAACAGCUGAUGAUUCCGACGACGAACUGUGCAGUGGGAAGCAGCAACUUGGAGGAAAGGGCCGAUCUUUAUGCACCUGACAACUUCCAUCUACGCUUGAUAGUAAGCAGCAGUCCAAUGCGCCAUGGACGAUUUCAUGGAGCCAGAGAACAUGGACAGCGCGGCGGAGAGCGCCAUUGAAGGCCUUGAGCAGCCGGAACUUUCUCGGAGGCCUGGCGUUGCCUUUCCAGCUGGCAAUUCCGACUUCCGCGCAGUACGGAACCGCUGCAUGCAGGCUUGUCGGAUAUUCAACGAGACUCCAGAAGAUGCUCCCCCGGUCGUGAGGAGCCGUCUGUGGCUUGACAUUAUACGGCCAGUGCGCGACCGAAGCAACGACGGCACUCCUAUCACGCAUGACGAAGCGCUCAGCAAUCCGUGCAAAAAAGGAAAAGCGCAAACUCCAUUCGUAAAACCCCCAUUCUUUGCUGACUACGGCUUGCGGCUGGCCGUCGGCGGUUCGACCUUUAUCAACCGAGGGUGCAUGAUCAUGGACACGCCCGUGGCAGAUAUCACCAUCGGCAGAGAUUGCAACAUUGGACCCAACUGCGUUCUUGUCGGCGUAAGCCAUGAAAUGCAACCCCAGGCGCGUUUAGCAGAGCCUGUGAGCAUCGGUCGGCCGAUUACCAUUGGGGAUAACGUGUGGAUAGGUGCCAAUGUAACCAUCCUGGACGGGAUUACAAUCGGGGACGGCGCUGUGAUUGGCGCUGGAAGUGUUGUGACCAAGAACAUACCGUCACACGCUAGGGGGCGCACUCGCGCAUAACCGCAAUCUCUGCCGCAAAGACCUCGAGAUGGAGAUUAAUGCCCUCGACGGACUUUCGAGGGGGUCGCGGGUGCCGAGACACGCCCAGCCGCAGCGCCAUGAGCCCCCGAUUCUCCGGGAUCAGCGGGCGUCCUGGAGAAUGCUCUGUCAGUCCGAGACCAUGGCUGCGGUUGCUCUUACGGCCAUGCUCUUCGCCCUGAUGAAC